AUGGAAGAAGCCUAAUCAAACCAAAAUUAUAUAGCUCUUGAUAUAAGUGCUUAAAAAUAAAAAGGAUCUCAACAAGUAUUAAAAAAUUAGAAUUAAACAAAAAAAGUGGUAAUUUUUAACAUUAUCUAAGAAAAAAACACCUCUCAGAAAUGAUAAUUUUGACAAUUUAGAUGUAAGGGCAGAGUUUAUAUUGAAGAUUUACAUCUCUCUGGCAAUAAUAUAAAUAAUAAUUUUGUUGCUGGUACUUCUAGAAAAAUGUACAAAUAUUCAGCAUAUGCUAGAUUUGAAUUUUUCAAUUCCUUUUGAUUAGUUGUUGAUUUAUAUUAUCUUUUUUUUUUCUUUUUUAGUUCACAUUGUUAUAAUUUGUGGAGGUCCAAUUACUAGAAAAGUAUGAUAUUAAUUUUAAUAUUUAGAUACCUUGGAAUUUCAUUUAAGUAGGACUUCAUCUUAUUUUAUUUGGAUUCUUUUUAAUAAAUCUAUACGUUUAUUUUUUGUAAAAUUUAUGGUAAGGAUACUUGUGGUAGUUUAUUGGAUCCACAUAAAUUUUUAUUUUAAGUUUGGCUUUUUAUUCAUUUAAGACUAAGAAUAAUAUUUCAUAUAAAGGUAUUAAUGUAUUCUAAAUAUUUUAAGUUGGCUCAAUUUUACUUUGUAUUCCAACAUUUAUUGUUAUGUUAAUUUUGAUAGGAGUAUAUACAAAGCAUGCUCCUUAUAUAUUUUUAUGCGCAGUGUUAAUUAUUUGUUUAGGGUUCUAUUUGAUUUUUUAUACAAACUUACUUAUUGAGGAUUGGGUAUAGAAAAUAAAUAAAUUUUAGAAACUUAAAUUAUCUAUUCAUGAUUAUAUCUUAGCAUCAACGUUACUGAAUGCAGCAUUUCUGAUGUUUAUAAUUUCUUUAAUAGAUUGGAUUAAAGCAAUAUUGAAUGGAAAGUGAGUUUAUAUAUUUAUAUGAAUAGAGCUUGUAAAAAAAUUAUGAAAAAAUACAGAAAACAUCAACUAAAGAAUAUGAUAAAAAAAUAAAGAAAAUGA